UGGCCUUUUUGGCCUCGUGGCUCUCAAAACCUGAAGCUGGAUCUGACUCGCACAGGAGCCGGAAUUGGCAUCUUCCUCGCUCACACGCCCCGGAAAAUCCGAGCCACCAUCUCCGACACCAUCUUCCAGGACUAUACCUCAGUCUGUGACGCCGAUGCGACCCUUACCCUCGUCCACAAUUCCAUCUCUAUCUGUUUCUUCUACAGUUCCAGGUCCAGGAAAGUGCCCCUGGAGGAAACAACCACCACUAUGGGCGAUCAACUAUAAAUCGAUAUCGAAGCAAAUGAAAGACGCUGGGCUCUUAGAUGUCAACCCUCUGCCUACGAGGACCGACCAACAUUGUGAUUACAACGGCCUGGGGGAUGGAGAUAUGCAGGAGCAUCCAGCGCCAAGGCCCAACAGUUAUAGUGACGUGGUGCCUUCCUUAUGCAAAACCUCUACCACCCUCACCGAUGCAAAUUCCGGUGGCGCCAACUCCCAAACGACCGGAAAUGGUAUUUGAGCUCCCUCAGGAGGCUCCUUCGAUGCCCCGGUCAAACCUUUC